CUUGUAAGAGUUGUAACGACACUUGUUGAUAAUAAAACAAAUUGAUGUGCAUCUUACAUGUAUAUUUUUUACAAGAACACACAAAAAAAAGAAAAGGUAAAUUACAUUACUAGUUUCUGAGCUUUAUAGACAAUUUCCUUUCUAAUUUUUUACUUUCUUUUAUUUAUGUAUUAAUUAUGACUUGGGUUUUUCACUUUUUUGUCUGCAUUAGGGUUCUCUCUCACCCUAUAAAUAGAACCCAAGAGCCAAGAGCAAUCCAUUGUUUCUCCAAAACCAUUCUCUUUCUCUGUUGUCUACCUCACAGUCACAACUCAUAUCCAUGGCUAACUCUACGCUUCUCCUCUUCCUCUUCACCCUCUUACUCUUCAACAACUCAGGCGGAAUUCUCAAGCUUGCUUAUGGGCAGGCCCCUGGACAGGGGGCUUGGUGCCUGGCAAAGCCGUCGACUCCAAGUGAGAAACUCAUGGGAAACAUAAACUAUGCUUGCGCCAUCGUGAACUGCAGCAUGAUCAGAGAUGGAGGGCCAUGUUUCUGGCCUCCGUCUCUGCUGAACCAUGCUUCCGUUGCCAUGAACCUUUACUAUCAGGACGCCGGAAGACACUUCUGGAACUGUGACUUCAAUAGCUCCGGCGUUGUAACCGUCACCGACCCCAGCUAUGGCAACUGCAAGUUCCCAUUCAAGCGCUAGACUAUUGGAACAAGUUCAGAGAAAUUCCUUGGCUCUAUGAAAAUUUAAGGCAAAUGAUAAUAUUAAUCAUAACAAUCAAGUUGUUGCUUUGUUUUUCUUCUGUUAGGUGUGUGCAUAUGUGUCAGUGUGUGGCAAAAUCAACCAAACUCUAAAGAAAAGAAGACUGGGAUGUUGUUCAACAUGAUAUAAUUUACAUGAGAGGUAUAUUAGAAUAUUACCUCUAUUAUAUUAUAUAUCUACCCCCCUAUAUAUUUAAUUUUUAGAUGUUAACCCCACAAUGUGUAUAAUAUCAAAUUAUUUGUGAGACUGAAAUAAAUAAACAAG